AUGCCACCGGCGGAGGGCGCGGCGGCGGGGCUGGGGGUCUCGGAGUUCGCGCUGCCGGACGGCGUGCUGGCGGUGCUGCCGCGGGACCCCUACGAGCAGCUGGAUCUGGCGCGCCGCAUCACCGCGCUGGCCGUCGCCGGCCGGGUCACCGGGCUCGAGCGCGAGGCGGCGCGGCUCAGGGAGGGCGCCGCCGAGCGGGACCGGGAGAACGCCGAGCUGCGGGACCGCGUCGCGCUGCUCGACCGCGCGCUCCAGGAGACCAACGCCAGGCUCCGCGCCGCGCUCGAGGACAAUGUCAAGCUGAGCAAGGAGCGGGACUCGCUCGCGCAGACCUCCAAGAAGCAGGCGCGCGACCUGCACAAGCUGGAGUCGUUCAAGAGGCAUCUGAUGCAGUCACUCCGCGAUGAUAGUACAUCGCCCCAAGAAACUGUUGACAUUACAACAUGUGAUCAGUCAGUAUCAUCUAAAACAUCGUCCUGUGGAGAUGGAUCUAUCAGCCACACUGCAGCAAAUUUGUUGAAUGGGUCUGGGGAUCUUGGAAGCACAACAAGAGAAGGUCUUCCGGCAAGGACUCCAGUCCAAAAGUAUGCCCUCUCCCCACACAUCAACCAACGCCUUACGCCAGAAGCCACACCAAAUAUAAUGUCCACCUCUGCUUCUCCAAGAGGAAUGUCCACCACCGCAACACCAAAGUUGGUAUCUGGAGCUACCUCGCCUUCAAGAACUCGAAUCGAAGGACACAUGUCAAUGACACCAUGGUAUUCAAGCAAGCAGUCGUCUGCAGCUAACUCACCUCCAAGGGGACGUCCCAACCCAGGUCGCACUCCUCGUAUUGAUGGAAAAGAAUUUUUCCGUCAGGCCAGGAGCCGUCUAUCAUACGAACAGUUUGGAGCGUUUUUAGCGAACAUCAAGGAGCUGAAUGCUCAUAAGCAGUCACGAGAGGAAACCCUCAAGAAGGCUGAAGAAAUAUUUGGUCCAGACAGCAAAGACCUAUACCUCUCUUUCCAAGGCUUACUAAACCGCAGCUUGCCGUAG